AGUCAUAGUAUCAUGAGACUUUUUUAAAGUCAUAAUAUUGUGAGACUUUUAAAGUCAUAGUAUUGAGACUUUUUAUAGUCAUAGUAUCAUGAGAGUUUUUUUUAAAGUCAUAGUAUCAUCAGACUUUCAGGCAAGACGACAUACUUAUGAAAAAGCUCUUAUCGUUUAAAUGAUUCAAAUCCACACAACAUGCUAAUUUUCCAUCUGAAUCAAAUGAUGUGCAUAAACGACAGGAGGAUGAGAUUUUGUGUGGAGGAUAAAUCUAUAAUUUAUUUACUCUGUUCAGAGUCACAUGAAAUGCUGCUCUUCACACACAUGUCACUGUGUUCUUAUCAUUUAGAGAGAAACAACAGUCAUGUCCAUUAAAAAGCAGCACGGGAAGGAAGUUAAAGCAGAAGCAGAAUAAGGCAGCCAUGAUGCCACCGGCGUUAACCAGCACAAACUAUGAUUACGACUAUGACACGGUGAGGCCGUACUUCUUCUUGGACGGCGAGGCGGACGACUUCUACCCUCCAUGUCACCAGCUCCUCCCAGGUCCCGGCGAGGACAUCUGGAAGAAGUUUGAGCUUCUGCAGACGCCUCCUCUGUCCCCCAGCCGCAGGCCGUCGCCAUCUGACCCCCCACUGUCCGCUGCCAAUCACCUGGAGGCGGUGUCCGACCUGCUGGACGAGGACUGUGGCCCGUCCACGUCCUUCCUCCAGUCCUUCGUCAUCCAGGACUGCAUGUGGAGCAGCAGCUUCGCCGCCGCCACCAAACUUGAGGAGGUGGUGUCGGAGUGGCUGGUGUCGCUGCGGUCACGCCGAGACUCCUCCUCCUCUGACGGGGUCACUGAGGGUCAGGUGGGUGGGUCUCAGGUGAGCACAGACAUGACGGCAGCAGACUGCGUCGACCCAUCUGUGGUGUUUACCUCCGAGCCGGACAGUGAAUCAGAAGACAAAGAGGAUGAAGACGUCGACGUGGUGACGGUGAACGGGCCAAAGGCGUCGAGGCCGGCAGACUCCGCCCCUCUGCUCCUGACUCGCCCUCACGUCGACAUCCACCAGCACAACUACGCUGCCCAGCGGCCCACAGCACUGCCUGUCGUCAGACCGCUCGGGUCAGAGGUUGCCUGCAGGAGCCCACGGUCGGACAGCGAGGGUGGAGACGACAGACGCAGGACGCACAACGUGCUGGAGCGGCGGCGGCGCAGCGAGCUGAAGACGAGCUUCUCCACUCUGAGGGACCUGAUCCCGGUGCUGGCCAAUCAGGACAAAGCAGCCAGAGUCGCGAUCCUGAAGGAGGCGACGGAAUUUAUUGCAAAGAUCCGAGGGGAGGAGUGUCGACUGCGGACGAUGAAGGACAAGCUGAGGAAGACGAGUAGGGAGCUGCGACGAAGGCUGCGGCGGCUCCAAGCUUCACGUUAGCUCCACGUUAGCUUUACGAAGAAGUCACGGGACAAUAUUUAAAAAAUCUCAGAUGAUCGGGAUUAUCUGACCAAAAUAAGCAACAAUGUUAUUGUUUUCAAACGUCACCAAACUCACUGUGUCACUUUAUGUCACACUUGUAUUUAUUUAUUUAUUUGUUUGUUUGUUUAUUUUAUCUUCUGUGGGUUUGUAUCUGUUUGUCCACAGACGCACAGAACGUGUUUGCAAUUGCCAAAAAACAUAACUGUGUCGUAAAAUAGCUAUUUACAGAAAAAUCGCAUUAUUAUUAUUUUUUAUCGCAGAUGUUUUCGAUGUGAAGUCUGAACGAUUUUCAGUUAUUUUGAUCAACUUCUGAACAAAUGUGACCUCGUUUCAUCUCUUCAUUUAUUUAUAAUGAUCAGAUGUUCAACGACUUCGAUUCUAAUCCUUAAAUGCACCACAAAUAAUGAUUCAAUGUAACGGCAAUGCGGCGCCGCCUGCUGUGUGUUUGAGGAUCUACACUAACCAGUGUUGCACUGUUUCUCUUUGUAAUUCUGCACUUUUUUUAUUUCAUUUGUUUUUAAAUGCGUUUUUGUACAAAACUCUGACGUUUGAGUAGAAAAGUAAAUUUAAUGCAGCAGAGAUUUGACCCGUUUCUUCCUGUUAAACAAUAAACAGCCUCCAGUUUAA